AAAUAUGCAAAUAAGUAGAUGGAUACGACAAAUCUUUAUUUCAGAGUUUGUUUUGAUGACACACUUGUUAAGCACUCUCCUACCUCAAAUAUAACACAUUUUAAGAUAAUGUUGGGGACUACGUACAGAGAAGCUAUACCAUUCUAUCCCAACGCCUUUGGCAAUAGAAACUAUACAGAGAAUUACAAUUGUUCUUUUGAUUUAUUAAAAACGUUUUCCAAAAUGGAGGAUCGCGCCAAACAACUUGUCAAAAACUUUUACUCACAAGAUGGCGUCAUUAGUUUCGCCUCAGACUUUUAUUUCAAUUAUCCUUCAGAAAGAUUAGUAAAAUAUUAUUUGAGGAAUAACGCUGUGGUAUACAGAUACAUAUUUAAUUACGAUGGCGGCAGGAAUUAUAUGAAAGAAAUGAAAAACAUAACGAUUCGAGGAACAACACAUGCUGAUGAACUGGGAUACUUGUUUGACAUGAGCAUGUUUGACACAAACAUUAGUGACGCAGAUCAACUUGUGAUAGACAGGAUGACGUCACUGUGGACGAAUUUUGCUAAAUAUGGAGACCCCACCCCAUCGCCAAGCCCAGUGUUACCUGUCAGAUGGUCCCCUACGACUGCAGACCAGGGCUCCUACUUGGACCUCGACGCUGCGCUGAGUCUGCGCUCCGGGGGACCAUUCGAGAGAGUGGCGUCCUUCUGGGACCUGUUCUAUCACCACUACGCUAAGUUCUAUAAGGAUUCAAACUGAAAAUAGAUUGUUAUGAAUAGUAAAUUGAAGUUAUGUGUAAAUGUUUGUUUUUGACGACCUCCGUGGUCGAGUAGCGUACGCACCGGU